CAAGCCCGGGCCCUGCUGGAGUGAGAGAGAGCCCUUGCAGCAAGGACCAGCAUGCUCCUGCAGGGCACGUUUCAAGGAUUGCACAAUGUCUCAGAACCUUCGGCGGAAACAUACAAGUGGAAUAUGGCGAUAGGAACAACGAUUACGUGCAAAUAAUCGGAACCAGAUGACCCCCUAAAAGUGAUAUGCUGCGAAUAUCGUGACGUGAGGCUUACGCGCUAACCAUCUCCCUCGGCCAGAAUCUGUCUCUUACCAGGCUUCGUCUAGAGAACAGCAUGACGGAGCUAGGCUAUCAUUCCGGACCACUGGUCGACGCCGCGUUGGAACUUGGCUGCAAUAGUUCUACUGCAUGUACCCUCUGUCUGCUGCUGAAGCCUGUCGAUACUGUUGCCGCGACUUUUUGUAGUGCGUUUCUGGACCUGUCGUGGUGUUCUCCGGAAUUUAUGGGAACAUAAGAGGAGGAGGAGGAGAAGGAGUGCAGCGAAAGUUUACGGUUGCAAGUUACUGCAGUGUGUCGGAGACCAUCGUCAUCGAUCUUUUCAAGUUCAGUAUCUGUAGAGAGAGGAAGCUUUGUUGUUCUUAGGCGGACAGUUAGUAAACCUGCGAAGAGGCCAUAUUGAGGAAUAUUUUGGCAAAGUACAUGGAUGUUCGGAGCCAGACCAGGUUACGCGGUGACUGAGAGAAAGGCGCUCAAUCGGAAUCUGCCGAGGACGACGUUCUGUACAAGGUAGAAGGAUAGUCCAACGAAACAAUGAGUGCUGGUAGCCGGUCGAUCGACUGAGAGUCGUUCCUUACAACCCCUCGUUCCAGAAGCACAGGUUAAAGCAGUAUCUAAGCAUUCCAAGCUCAAUCAACCAGAGAGCAGAUCGAUGGCAAAUUUCUUGGUUGUAAAAUAAGCUUGGAAGGUAACAGUACAUACCUGAUGAAUUGAAUACAGAAGUUGACCAAGGAGUAGUGCUAUCUAGUCUUCCAAGUUGCAAAAUUUGGAAACAGAAAGCUACAAAGAAGAGAUUCUUUAUUUAGAGAUGUCAGUAUCUUUCAGAUAGUGAGGAGCAUGGCUAUAGUGUGUCCAAACCCCAGCAAGAGGCUGCGCUCCGUGUCAACAGAGCUAUUACCGGGAGUCAUUACUGGAACAUGCACACAAUAUGCUGACUUACCAGGUUACAGAAGCCUCGUAACUGCUGAAGAUCGAGAUCAAUUACGUAUGACAGAUCAUUAUACUUUACGGAACUCUGGUCAAAUCAGCUCCGACGCAGGCGGUAGCUGUGGCGUUCAUUGGGAUGUUCAUAGAAGAGCAGAUUCGCUGGAUCAUGGAAGUGAUCAUUUGGUGGACCUGGACUUCACGGUUGGUUCGAAUUGGCCAAACUCCACCUUGCCACCAGUUGCCCCAGUUUCUUCAUGGUCAAAUUACACUUUCGCAUCUAAUUCCUUUCCAACAAGUUCUAGUGGAUGGGAGGUUCCUCCUUUAGAAGAUAAUAUCACAGUAACCUUUCCUUCAAAUGUUACGUUUCCCAAUCAUCUCAGUUCUGGGAUUUCCGCUCCUAACAAUUUCACCAAUACUCUCCCUCAAAGUCUUCAACUGGAAACCUGUGGCAGUGCAAGUAUUAGAGACGGCUUCUUCUCCAGUGGCCUCGCGCAAGCUCGAAGUGGCAACGUUCAGCAUUUAUACCAGACCCAGCCUCUUCUAAUCAAUGCCGAGCCUGGGAAUAGUUUGGGGAAGAUUGCAGAUGCGGUACCAAGUCAUCAACAUCAGCAUGUGCCGCAAUUCGACAUGCCUCAGCACAGGACCCACAGUUUCAGCGCUCACAAUGCAAGUGAGAAUGUCAAGGACCAGUUCGCAGGAUUGGAUGAGGAUGCUGUGUCGCAAUGGGUCGAUGGGAUGAUUAGAGGGAUGAUGGAAGUUAUGCCUGGAAUGCCCAUCGAACACUUGUUUGCGAAUCUCUCAGAGGCUCUAGCACCAGGCUAUGUAAAUGCAGAAAGAGUCAUCAGAUCCCGCUUGCAUCCGCUGUAUGCGAGUGCUAGAGGACGAGUCCAGAACACUCUGCCCAUCGACUUGGCAAGAGCUGGGAAAAGACCGAGAGUCGAAUACAACGAUGGCGCGAAAGGACAAGUUUAUCGGGAAAAUGCGAAUUCGUCUCAAAAUACAAGCCAGACAUUUAAAAACGCAAUCUCUGGUCUUCAUGACAGGCAAGAGAAUGUCAUGCAGAUACAGGCUGCGGUGUCUCAUCCAUCUCCAGAACUGCGAGAAGACCAACAGCUUCCUUUCUCAAGUUCUCAGAAACGAACCGACGACAAUCUGCAGCUGUCACUUGAACCAGCGGAUGAACGCAGCCUUCGACAUUUGCAUACUACACGACAGCCUUCACUCUCAAAGUUCGGCCAUCAGGGUGUCACAUCCAGAGACUCGCCGGGACCGUCACAUCUCAAGCAAUAUCCUCAAAUCCAACCGCAUUACCAUCAGAAACCUAAACUUGGAAACACUAUCCUCGACUUUGAUGUGCGGUCAAGUGUUUCGCAGUGCUCAGCCCAGAACGCGAGAGACUGCCAAGGCCUACCAUCCUUGCCACUUGAUGUGCCACAGACCUCAUCGCAGAAACGGCAAUCGCAUGAACCGUCGACCAGUCAGGAGGGGCUGCAGCUUUUGGCGCUUCUCUUGCAGUGCGCUGAAGCAGUUUCCUCAGGCAACCACGACGAGGCCAAUACGAUUCUGCCGCAGUUGCGUGAACAGGUAACGCCGUAUGGGAGCUCUGUGCAAAGGGUAGUCGCAUAUUUUGCCGAAGGCAUGGCAUCUCGCUUGGUUACAUCCUGUCUGGGAAUCAACUCUCCGCUCCCCAGAAAUGACCUGGUUAACAACCCCAGCUUCACCUCUGCAAUUCAGGUUUUCAACGAGAUCUGCCCUUUUGUAAAGUUUUCGCAUUUUACUGCUAUUCAGGCUAUCUCUGAGGCCUUCGAGGGAAUGAACAACGUGCACGUCAUCGACAUGGAUAUCAUGCAUGGUUUACAAUGGCACCUUUUGCUCCAAAACUUGGCCAAGAGACCUGGAGGUCCUCCUCACGUUCAUAUCACUGGCCUGGGAACCUCGGUGGAGACCCUCGAUGCGACUGGUAAGCGACUAAUCGAUUUCGCAGCAACCUUGGGAGUUUCUUUCCAGUUCACAGCCGUCGCUGAAAAGUUCGGCAAGCUCGAUCCCUCCGCGCUGAAAGUAGAAUUCUCAGACGCGCUUGCAGUCCACUGGAUGCAUCACUCAUUAUACGAUGUCUCGGGUUGUGACUCUGCCACACUGGGAUUGAUGCAUAAGCUCUCACCCAAGAUUAUCACCAUUGUGGAGCAAGACCUCCGCCACGGAGGCCCGUUUCUUAACCGGUUCGUUGAAGCACUUCACUACUACUCCGCUUUGUUCGAUUCUUUGGGGGCGAGUUACAACAGGAAAAGCUUGAAGCGUCACAUGGUAGAGCAACAACUGCUGUCGUGUGAGAUCAAGAAUAUACUUGCCAUUGGAGGUCCCGGUCGAUCGGGCACAACGAAGUUCGAUCAUUGGCGGGACAAGCUCAGCGAAGCCGGCUUCAAUCCCGUUGCCCUCAGUGCCCAAGCAGUCCACCAGGCGGCAUUACUGCUAUCUCAGGGGUUCUAUCCUGGCGAGGGUUACACGUUGCUGGAAGACCUCGGCGCUCUCAAGCUCGGAUGGGAAGAUCUCUGUCUCUUCACCGCUUCUGCAUGGACCUCGACAUAGUUCAUAAUGUUCAGGAGACUCAGGAACUAGACACAAAAGAAAAAAACGCAAAACAGAGAGAAAGCUUUGGCAGAAUCUGGUGAUGAUGGUAGCAUGCAUCGCUUGAUUCGAUCACGUUGAGUCUCUGUCCGAUGACAAAUUGUGCACACUCUCCGAACAAGUCCUAAUAGAACAAGUGUGAGGAGAUUGUUGAUUCUUUUUAAACCCAACUUCUUUUGUUGUCCUGCAUGUCACUUGAUUGCACUGUAGAUGCCCAUCACUGUAUGUUUGUGAUGAAAACGGCAUCAAAAACAGGAGUUCAGUCACCAUUCGAUUGAUACGUUUUUUUAGCUAGAUAGUGCAACUUAUCACUGCCGAAACCUAGUCUCCGUUUAGUGCAUGCCUUGAAUUUCGGGUCGGUUAUCUCCCAGUGCAGUUUUCUACAUCAGAACAUUACCACUCAAAGAAAACAAGGCAAUAUGAUCAUGAGCUGAAACACUGGAGCAUUGUCAGUUAUACGUCCAGCCAGACUCUGAUCAGCAGAACCAAUAUUCCUAGACUUCUAAGGCACACCUCCAUGCAAUGCCACACAUGUAAUAUUAGCCUCAUUGCUUGCAUAAUAAAACUAUGAUGGUUGUAUUUUUCUUUUUUU